GCAGCACCGAGUUGGGGAAGGAAUUAAAGGAGGCUGUGCCUCCGGGUUGCGCGAGAAGUCUAAGUCAUUUCUCAGGAAUCUCUGAUAGGUGGGCCUUAGAGAAAACGCUGCGGCACUGCAGGAAUCAGGAAACGCAUCCCUGGUUGUCGGCUUGGGAGAGGCAUAGAGAUUGGCACUUCUGUGAGUGAAGAUGUGUAAACGGCUGUAAAUCAGCCAAAAGGGCCUUGAAGGACGAUUUCGGCGUGAGACAGACAUGGCCAGUGGAAGGAGGUGAACACCACGAGGGAGGAUGCCUCCCCACUUCGGACCCGCCUAGCGGAGCCCAGCUUGGAGCCAGGCCCACGGAUGUGCGGUUAGACCACCAUGGACGGAGCGCUCGGCGCAGCCCUGCAGCUGCAGCAGCUCCCGCCCACCAGCAGCGCCGACGCCGGGAGCCAGGGUUCCUUCUCCUACAAGGAAAACUUGAUUGGCGCCCUCUUGGCGAUUUUUGGGCACCUUGUGGUCAGCAUUGCACUUAACCUCCAGAAGUACUGCCACAUCCGGCUGGCAGGCACCAAGGACCCGAGGGCCUACUUCAAGACCAAGACAUGGUGGCUGGGCCUGUUCCUGAUGCUGCUGGGCGAGCUCGGCGUGUUUGCCUCCUACGCCUUCGCUCCGCUCUCACUGAUCGUGCCCCUCAGCGCCGUCUCCGUGAUAGCUAGCGCCAUCAUCGGAAUCAUAUUCAUCAAAGAAAAAUGGAAACCUAAAGACUUUCUGAGGCGCUACGUCUUGUCCUUUGUCGGCUGUGGUUUGGCCAUUGUGGGCACGUACUUGCUGGUGACAUUCGCACCCAACAGUCACGAGAAGAUGACCGGCGAGAAUAUCACCAGGCACCUCGUGAGCUGGCCUUUUCUCUUGUACAUGCUUGUGGAGAUCAUUCUGUUCUGCUUGCUGCUGUACUUCUACAAGGAGAAGAAUGCCAACAACAUCGUUGUGAUUCUUCUCUUGGUGGCAUUACUCGGCUCAAUGACGGUGGUGACAGUGAAGGCCGUGGCCGGGAUGCUUGUCUUGUCCAUCCAGGGGAACCUGCAGCUCGACUACCCCAUCUUCUACGUGAUGUUCGUGUGCAUGGUGGCCACUGCCAUCUAUCAAGCUGCGUUUUUGAGUCAAGCCUCACAGAUAUAUGACUCCUCUUUGAUUGCCAGUGUGGGCUACAUUCUCUCUACAACCGUCGCCAUCACAGCAGGCGCAGUAUUUUACCUGGACUUCAUCGGGGAGGACGCACUGCACAUCUGCAUGUUUGCGCUGGGGUGCCUCAUCGCAUUCUUGGGCGUCUUCUUAAUCACUCGGAACAGGAAGAAGUCCAUUCCAUUUGAGCCCUAUAUUUCCAUGGAUGCCAUGCCAGGUAUGCAGAACAUGCAUGACAAGGGGAUGGCAGUCCAGCCCGACCUCAAAGCUUCUUUUUCCUACGGGGCCCUGGAAAACAAUGACAACAUUUCUGAGAUCUAUGCUCCCGCUACACUGCCCGUCAUGCAAGAAGAACACGGCUCCAGAAGCGCCUCUGGGGUUCCCUACCGAGUCCUGGAACACACCAAGAAGGAAUGAGCCCACCCUGAAGAAGACUCACCUUCACCUCCACCGGGAACUGCUCAAGCCAUGCCGACAGUGGUCCAACUCUGAAUUCUAAAACUUGCCUUUCAAGUCUUACUUUUUUAAAACCAAUUAUUCCCACUUCCUGACAGCAUCUGGAUGGGGAUCUUGAAAAGGCUUUGUCUCUGGCAGAGGAUAUGUUGUCUUGGUCUUAGAAAUUUCAGCUGUUGGGGGUGAGGGGAGAGGAUGAAAGCAGUGUUCCAGGUGGUUGGGACAGAAUUCAGCCUCUGCCUGGUUAGCCCAGGCUUUGAAAAGCCUUUAUCAUCCUUGAGGUUGGUCACUGAGCUUCCUCAGACAGUGACCAAAGGUUGCCACAUUCUUCAGAGCUGAAGCCAGGCAGAGAUUCUGCUUGUCCUCUCCAAAUAAGUCUGCUCCUCCCCCACCUCAUGUGCGGGCCUGAUCUCUACCCCUCACUGGAGACUCCCUAUUUGUGGUAACAUUUGUGUCACCUUCACAUGGGCCCGCUGUGGGUGCACCAUGCUGUCAUUCGCCUGCAGGAAACUUCCCAUUGCCUGUGCCCUCCCAGUGAAGAUGUGCUUGACGUGUUUAUAUUGGAUCUACUCUGAAAACUAAUUUGGUUUUGGUUCUGUGAACGACUUGAUUGCUUUUUCCCCCCAGAGGAACUGGGAAAUUAAGAGGAGAAGGGGAAGAAGCACAGGGGCAGAGUGAUGCUGACACUUUGGCCAUAAUUGAGAAAGAAUCCCUUUCCAUCUUACAAGAGGUGAUUGCAUCACGUAGACAGAAAAUCUGCUGCUUCACACGUAUUCUCCUGCACACCAGUGCCCUCUGGGAAGGUUGGGGGCGCUCAUUUCAGAGACAGCGUCGCUCCCCUCCAUUCUCUCCUUAUAGAUUGACAAACCAAGCUUGAGUUAUUGGUUAAUUUUCUUGGAGUCAGUUAGAAACUAUUUGGGUCCUCAUCCCCUUAGACAAGUCUAGGAGACACAAGCAUUCUCAGAAACGGGGCUGCUGCUGUCUCUCUGGCUGUAUACCUUCUUCCCUAGUCUGACUCUGUAUCUUCAAGAAUGGCCAGUAAAGGUUUGUAAACCUUAAUGAGCAUAAGGAUUCCCCGGGGAGUUUAUUUAAAAUGCAGAUUCCUACACCCCCAACCAUUAAGUGGGACUGGGGUGGGGCCCAAGAGUGCGUGCUUAACUUACAGCACAGGUGAUUCUGAUGCAGGUAGCCCGAGCAUCACACACCUUGAUUGCCUAAUAAUUGGGAGAGAUGAUCUGCUUUAUAACCUCCAGGGGCUGACACACUCCUACUGGAAAGUUGGAAUUAUCAUUCCAUGUUACCUCCCUGGGGUUCAUUCGGCAGUUCACAAAGUCUCCAUAGGAUCAGAGGCAUCUCUGCAUUCAUUGAUUACUACUUAGAGCUACACUUACUGCUUCCUUCUGCAGCCUUUAACUAAUAGGCAAGAUAACAGUGUUAACAGACCAGUGUUUAUGGAUCAUUAACCUUUAUGGAUUAUGCUUAAUACUCAUUUAGUACCUCGACUUCAAAAACUGCCUCUGUUGCCUGUGGUAACCAUUUCUGUAUUGUAUUUUAACCACUUCUGUAUUGUGUCUUACAUGCCUAAGGUCAGCAGACAACGAAUGGCCUUUUUCCCUUUAGGAUAGGUAUCAAGUCAAUGCAACAAUAUUUGUGAGGCAUUUACUAUUUGUUAAGCAUUUGGAUGGAAAGGGCCAAAAGAAUAAGAAUGGCUCCUGCCUUCCAGGCCAGCAGGGGGAGACACAAAUACCAGGAAACUGGCAGGGUAGACCAAGUACAAUAGUGGACCACAGAAAAUGUCAGUUAUGGAGGUGCUGCUGAAGGUCAGGCUCUGAGCCCAGAACAAGGUAUUUAAAACGAAGGUAAUUUUGGCCCCACUCAUUGAUGAGUGGCAAAUCUAGCUAAGUUAUGGGCAAAGCCUGGGUCUGGUGGUCACCCUCACCCCCCAGGCUGAGAAGCUAGCAUUUGCAAAAGCACAGAAAUAGAGAUGACAAAGAGAGCCAGGGAGGUAGUGGGAAAUAAGCCUGGAAAAAUAAGCAGUGGAAGUUGGAUCAUAGAGGGCCCUGAGUGCCUGGCAGAGGGCUUUAAAGUUAUCCUAGAAGGUGUUGGAGUCGUUGAUGGUUCAUGAGGAAGAGAAUGGUGGGAUCAGCACUGAUUGGCAAGAAGGCCUUAUGCAGUAUGCAGGAAGGGUCUGAAGGGAUAAUAAAUGUCACUUUUCAAGGUCAAGUUGCAAUCCUGCAAGAACAGAACCACAAAAGAGAAAUUAAAAUCCAGUUUCGUUGCUAUUCAGGGGAGGCUGACAUUAACUCUCUACUUACAACCCUGAAUCUUUAUUUGUUUCAUGGUUCUGAUAUUCCCAAGCCCUCUUGAAUGUUCCAAGCAACAGUAAAUAUCACGCUUCUCUCUCCUUUCUAGCAGCCAUGAAGUUAAACUUGGGUUUGAACUUUUCAGUUGUUCCAUGUGGUCUUCCUCUCCCCACCCCUCGGUCCCUUGGUCUAGAGACUAGGAUUCUCAAUACCCCAAUCAGAGAUUAGAACCAGUUCUUUGCAGACUGGUACCUGUGGGUUUUGACAGAAGUUUACCGCCCCCUUCCCUUAACCCCUCCAUGAAGCACUCGGUCUGAUGAUGCCAUCCCAUUAAGCUUCAGAUCCUGUGGGGGCUUUGCAGCACGGAAUCGGAUGCUGGUUAGGGAGGGGAAGACUGACAUCUCCAUUGCUUGUCUGGGGGAAACCAGCCAGCUUGGUGGUGCUGUGUGGACACAAGUCAUCCAUCAGGGUAGUGUUGGGGAACCUCCUCCCUGUAGCCUUGUGAAUUCUAAAUCUGUCCAACACUGGCUGAUAAGCAAAAAGAAUUUACUGUGUGUUUCUCUGAGAAGCUAUGUAAAUGAAGUUACCUUAGAGUAUAUUCUACGUGGAUGCUUAUAUUUUGUUAACUUCUUGACUAAUAUGGCAUGUCUUAUUUUUCAUAAAAAAGUGUGUGCUAGGUGCAAAUAAAAUUAU